AUGGCUCGCUUCGGAGAUGUUGAGUAUAUCAUACCAUAUAGGAAGGCUGUCGGAUUCGCCUUGGCCUUCACAGCCCGGUUUAAAUCCGCAGCUCGCAUCAUGGAAGCGGCUAACGCGCCCAACAUUGUCUGCCGCGAGCUAUCCUGUAACAUCGUCACGAGUGCUCCUUAUCGGUCAGACUACGGUGCUGAAUGGGCUCGGUUGAACGGCUCUCAGCUGCUCCACGGCGGCAACAGCCGUCGUAACUCAUUCACGCAGCGGAAUGCCGUCUACGGGGGGCAGCGUCCCCGGCUGAUGUCCACUGCUACGGUCACUUCUCAAGGUUCGCCCCGCUGUGCCUCGGGCAGUACGCCCUCAGCGGCGAAUGCUGUCAUGAUGCAUCAGCUUGCUUUGCCUCCCAACUACUUCACGCCUGGCAUUGGAAACAACGGUAACUUCUUCCCUCCGCAAGCCGCCACCGGCGCGAAUGCUAUAGCGCCCACGGGUUCUGUCCUCCCCGUCGGGACUAUUGCCCAGUCUCCUGCUCAACAAUACCAUCCAUGGUAUCAUGCGCAGGCGCCCGGAGUUUCAAUGCCGCCUUAUCCUCACAUGCACGCCAUCGUUUCUCCGAAGGAUCUGGCCGCCGUUCCUGAGUCUGGUGCUCGCGCCAGCCAGGGCACUGAGAAGGGAGCUGUAAGCAUUGCUUCGACGAACAUGGCACAACGUCGUCCUGAGCCGUAUGGAGGCGGCAAUCUCCCCGAAAUCAAGCUUAAAGGCGAGCAUGUUGAUGUUGCCACUGAUACGGUCAGAACUCUAAGCAAGGCAUGCACGGUUUGCUUGCCUCGGAGCCCAGAACAGUCGUCAGAGAAUGCCACGCCGAAGAAGAUGAAUGCUGAUCGCCGCGAAGCCACCCAGAAGGCCAAAUCCUUUGCUAGCAACGAUGCGAAUAACGACAUUGGCAACGCUAUUGUUGGGACGCCCAAGGCCGCCACGGAUGAAGUUGCCGUCCUGACUACCUAUGCAUCUAUGUUGAAGAUUAGCAGCAACCAGCCUUCUCCUGCCAAGAUGUUUGACCAGGGUUCUGUAGGGUCAUCUGCCGCGCAGACUCCUACCCAGGUCAAUUCCUCUCGUUCCAGUGAGAGGGCCCCGGUUGCACGGGCAGACGAUCCCUUCGUCACCACUUCUGUUCACCCGCCGGGGGCCCAUGUCGUGCCCUUGGAAACGACCUCUGAUGAAAGCGGAAAGCCAAAGCCGUUGACGACAGUUACUCCUGAACCCUCUGGCCGCCGAUGGCGUCAGAGUGAAAUCUCCGAUGCGGGCGAAGGCGAGGAACCCAUAAUCGCCAGCAGCUGCAGUCAACAUCAUGUUGGUAGACAGCAAGAGAGGUCUUCGAGCAUACCGCGCAACUUCUCUAAGUCUUCUGUAGUACCCAAUGAAAAGUCCAGCAAGAAGAAACUCUCGAAGAGGAAGAAGAAGAUCGCUGGUGGAGACAUGCUUAGAACCGGUACCACUCAGCAACCUGGCGUCGACUCUGCUGGCAACACCAAGCUCAUCUCAGCCACCUCGCCUGAGCGCAUCGGACAUCACCCUGACAAGCACCUCCUUUCGCCGGUCAAGAGGAUGAGUAAAGGGGGCUCUACGUCUCAGUCGUCGUCCAAGCGACCUCAGGACGACAACGACAAGAAAUUUCGCCAACAUGAUACUACUGGCCAUCCUGAUAUCACUAUCACUUCUGUCGAUGCCGAUUGUUCUUCUGAUAACCAGGCACACCAGGAGGCUGUUGAUUCAGCUCAUGAUGCCGGUGGUUCAGAAAAGCCUGAGGCUCUCAAGAUUCAUGUGCCCGACUCGUCAAUGGAGCUUCCAGUCGCUUCGUCCCCGGCCACCGUAGACGGAAGCAGCGUCGCAGAGUCGUGGCACUCGGCCAAGUCUCGCCAGACCAGCGUCGAGUCCCUCAAAGCUGGGGACAAGUUGCGCGGCUCGGCCAACCAGCCCAACACGCCCCCGGGUUCGAGCCGUGGAGAAGCCUCGUCGACGCCUCGACGUGUUGUCAGCGCUGGAAGUGCUCUCAACCCCAAGGCUCGCGAGUUUGCAUCGCCCGCCGUGGGUCUCCUCAAACGAGCUUCCGCGGUUGACCUCCGCGGCCUCGUUCCCCUGGGCCUGGGAGCCCAGCAUCGCGUCUACCACCAUCAGCACCAGCAUCAGGGCAGCAUCGUCUCAGACACGUCGUCCCACACCGCCACGCCGGGCUGCACUCCCAGGAACACAAAGGGCCGCAAUCGCAGAAACAGCGAAAGGGAUCAGUCUAUCUCGCCUCCACCCGGGGCGAAGCCUUCAUUCGCGCUCCGCCCGGCCGCCAAUUCAUACGCGCCGUCAACGCGCGCUCCUUCGCCCCCGGGCAACGCCUUCUCCGCGCAGCAUGCGUCCAUCGAGGAGCAACUCAACCACACGCGCCACUAUGAGGGCGGCAAAAAGGGUUAUCAGCCAGAGAUCUCACACCAACAGCGUCACAUGUUCAGACGUUGCUCGGUCGCGUCAGCCGAAGCAUAA